AUGGGCUCGCCAUCGCGGGCUGCCGCCGUCGCCGGGGCCGCGGCCGCUGCAGCUGCCAUCGCACCCUCUUCCUGGAAGCCCCACCGUGAGCCCUCGUCCCAAUUGCCUAUUGGCCACGACGCCUCAGCCGUCGUUGCCAAGGUCGCGGUCGACCACUCUUCAGCCAGCUCCAGUUCCGGGUACUGCUCGCCGUGGAACGAGGUCUUCACCAGCUCUCUCCAGCCUCCGUGCAUGUCCUCGCCGUCUGGGUGCUCUCCCCAACAGCCUGGGCUAGCCACUUGUGUGGCUGAUGCGGAUGGGGCGGAUGCAGUUGUCGGUGCUUCUUCGGAACGUGCAAUCGAGAUUUUGUUUCGCUUCGAUUUGGCACGCAAGAAGAGAAUACUCUCUCCCGAUGAGCUUGAUCUGAUCAAUGAUCUGAAGUCCCUAUUGCCCCGUCUUGAGGCAGAGAUUGCAGAAGCCGAUGGGGCGGAUGCUGUUGUUGAGGAGGAGGAGGAGCCCUUGUCGCCUGUACUUCACAUGGAAGCUGCAUUGAAGGAGGAGGAGGAGGAGGAGGAGGAAGAGGAGGUGGACGAGGAGGGGGUGGAGGAGGAGCUCUUGUCGCCUGCACUUCAAAAGGAAUGUGCAAUCGAGAUUUUGUUUCGCUUCGAUUUGGCACGCAAGAAGAGAAUACUCUCCGCCGAUGAGCUUGAUCUGAUCGAUGAUCUGAAGUCCCUAUUGCCCUGUCUUGAGGCGGAGAUUGGAGAAGUUAAUGCCGAUGGGGCGGAUGCUGUUGAGGAGGAGAUUGGAGAAGUUAAUGCCGACUUUAAAUGGGCGUUGAAGGAUGUUUUGUCUUGA